CACCGAGCCCGGAAGAUGGGGAGCAAGGCUCUGCCCGCGCCCAUCCCUCUCCACCCUUCCCUGCAACUCACCAACUACUCCUUCCUCCAGGCUGUGAACACCUUUCCGGCCGCCGUGGACCACUUGCAGGGCCUGUACGGGCUCAGCGCCGUACAGACCAUGCACAUGAACCACUGGACGCUGGGCUACCCCAACAUGCACGAGAUCACCCGUUCCACCAUCACGGAGAUGGCUGCGGCGCAGGGCCUGGUGGACGCCCGCUUCCCCUUCCCGGCCCUGCCCUUCGCCACCCACCUCUUCCAUCCUAAACAGGGGGCCAUUGCCCACGUACUCCCGGCCCUGCACAAGGACCGGCCCCGAUUUGACUUUGCCAACCUAGCGGUGGCCGCCACGCAGGAGGACCCCCCCAAAAUGGACCUGACCAAGCUGAGCCCGGGCCUGGGCAGCCCCAUCUCGGGCAUCAGCAAAUUGACUCCGGACAGAAAACCCUCUCGGGGGAGGUUGCCUUCGAAAACGAAAAAAGAGUUUAUCUGCAAGUUCUGUGGCAGGCACUUUACCAAAUCCUACAACUUGCUCAUUCACGAGAGAACCCACACGGACGAGAGGCCUUACACUUGCGAUAUCUGCCAUAAGGCCUUCCGGAGGCAAGAUCACCUGAGGGAUCACAGGUAUAUCCAUUCCAAAGAAAAACCCUUCAAAUGUCAGGAAUGUGGGAAAGGAUUUUGUCAGUCUAGAACUCUGGCAGUUCACAAAACUUUACACAUGCAGGAAUCUCCACACAAAUGCCCCACAUGUGGAAGAACCUUUAAUCAGAGAAGUAAUCUGAAAACUCACCUUCUCACCCAUACAGACAUCAAGCCCUACAACUGCGAGCAGUGCGGCAAAGUGUUCAGGCGAAACUGUGAUCUGCGGCGGCACAGUCUGACCCACACCCCGCGGCAGGACUUCUAG